AUGUCGACGUCGCAGAAGCACCGGAAUUUCGUUUCCGAACCCAUCGGUGAUAAGAGCGUUUUUGAGUUGCCUGGAGUCGGAGAGGUUCUUGGCCAGAAACUCAAGAGAAAGGGCUACGGUAUGGCUUACAACGUGCUAGGUCAAUACCUCCUCCUAAACAAGGAUGAAGAGCUUUUCAUCGACUGGAUGAAACUUAUCUCUUCCGCAAACCAAAAACAGGCCAAGGACUGCUUCGAUGCCCUUGACAGUUGGUGUUCCGCUUUCAUGCAGUAG